AUGGCCACCGUCGCCGCUAUCCCCAUUCCCAUGCCCAUCUCUCCGCUGGACGACCGGCACACGCCCAUCCUCUCGACGAUUGACCCCUCCUUCUCGCCCGGCUCGCUGCACCUCCAGCCUUACACCAAGCCGAGCACGUCUCCCUCCAACACCUCUCCGAUCGGGUCCUUUUCGUCGAGCGGGACGUCUUCACCGCAACUCGCGGUUCCCAUGGGCUCGCGGAACGAGAAGGUCCCGUACGACGGUCCUGGGACGGCCGUCUACGUCCGGCAGCCAACUCGCGCACAACUGCGGGAGAACAACAGCGUGUUCGGCUCGCCCUACCGGCCUUACUACUACCAAGAUCCCAGCGGCAAACCCUUCAUCGACAUUGACGGAAAGGAGUGCGGACCGCGGUGGAUCUACGUCGACCCGAAGGCAGGUCAGGACGAAGAGGGUCGCUCGUCCAAGGUCGGCUGCUGCAUCAUGUAG